CCUCCUCCUCCUCCUCCUCUUCAUCACCUCAUCUCCAGAGCAGCAGCAGAACAUUUGUGGAUUUGAACCAAACAGAAACUCGGAUUCUCCUCAUGAAGCUUUAAUGAAGCUUUGUGUUAAUUGAGCGACAUGUCUCCCGGGUCGCUGCAGCCUGCUCCCCGCCUGCUCCCCGCCUCUGACCGGGUCUGAACCGGGUCUGAACCGGGUCGGUGGAUCUCCAGGCUCCGGGCUCCACACACCGACUCUUCCUCUGAGCUCUGACCGACGCAGGAGUGACGGAUGCGGCGUCGCGGUGAUCUGCGUCCUCGGUGAAAAGAAAGACGGGUUAAAGUCCAGACCUGUGGACUCUGGAUCCUCAGAGCUGCCGAGCAUCUGAUGGAGGAAGCUUCUCUCCGGGGAAGUUGAACUGAGCUGUUUCCUGCGUCUUCUGCUGCAGAAGGUUUGUGUGAAUCUCUGAACUCCUGUCGACGCCAAGUCGUUUCUGAUCCGAGAGUCGACCGGCAGCAGCCAUGUUUCUUCCAGACGCCAGUCUAACCUCGCAGACACGCCGGCGGCUCGCCUCCGCCGCCGCCGUCCUGCUGAUGCUGGCAUCACUUCCUGUGUCAGCUGUGGAACCAGAGACGUGUUUCUCCAGACAGCACCAGAGCGCCAGAGUCAACGUCCGAGUGGCCGUGAACAGAGCCGGCACGGUGAUGGACACGCGCGUGUUCGGCUCUGAGAGGGACUGUAUCCUCGCCUGCUGCUCGGAGGACGUCAAACCAGGAGCAAAGUGUAACAUGGCCGUGUUCAGUGGGAACAAACACUCAGGAGAAGGGAACUGUUUCCUGUUCCACUGUCAGGCGGAGACCGACUGUCCUUUGACCAAAGCUCCAAACGCCACCAACACCUACGACAUCUUCAAAGGUUUGAUUCACCCAGCCACAGUGAGACCUGUGACAACAACCACAACACAAACCACCACCACCCCCACGACUUUACCUCCGACUAUAACCACCACUACCACACAAAGUACAACAACAACUACACAACCCACCACAACAACAACCACAUCCUCACCGCCAACAACCACACAGGCACCAGCCACUAGGACAGCUCCUCCACCCAUCAUCAUCAUCGCUACCAUGCCUGUGGUAACUCCAGCCCCCACCAGCACCACAACCACUAGACCGACAACGACGACAACUGCACCAACAACGACAACGACAACUGCACCAACAACAACAACGACAACUGCACCAACAACAACAACGACAACUGCACCAACAACGACAACGACAACUGCACCAACAACAACAAAGACGACAACUACACCAACGACGACAACUAAACCAACAACAACAACAACGACAACAGUUUCCAACGUCACCAUGAAAAAACCAAAUAAAACCAGUAGAAAACAAAAUAAAACAACAAAGAAAGUAAAAGCUCAUCCUGUGACGACGGCUCAGACUCUGAGCUCCACGACAUCACUUCCUGCUGCAACAGCAGAAAAAGAGGAUGAACAUAGAACUAACAAACCAGAGCCGACCACUCAAAUGACCACCACCACCACCACCACCACCCCCUCCUCCCACUAGGACCACCACCACCACCACCCCUCCCCCCACUAGGACCACCACCACCACC